AUUGUGAAUGUGAUCACCACUUGUAUUAAAGUAUUAUUUCACACCAUAUUAUUCUAUCUGUUCCUCGCAUUCGCGCCGAUUCUGUUAGACAUUGAGCCAAAUUCUUUUAACAUUACAUUACCGGAAACAUUUGACGGCCCGCUCACAGCCAACAAUAAACUUUCCGAAGCCGACCACUUGUUUGUCAAUGAAAUUGUAGGGCCAGAGUCUUUAGCCGUAUGGAAAGGCGAUGUCUAUACGGGUGUAUCCGACGGACGAAUCAUUCGCAUCAGAAAAGAUAGGUAUAAAACUGUGGCUCAAUUUGGAAACCCAGAGAAAUGCGCGAAUCCAUGGGAAAUGGGAAAAUGCGGCCGACCUUUAGGUAAAGUUAAGAGAAUAUUGACGUCUAAGCGACCGAUCGCUGAUUUGAGACCAAAAUUCUUGGAUGACUUAGUCAUCAAUGAAGAAGAAAAUGCCAUCUAUUUUACAGAUGCGAGCAAACGAUGGGAUUUGGAGAAUGUAUUUUAUACGGUCGGAGAGCACGACGAGAGCGGAAGAGUUAUUAGGUUUGACUUAAAGACUAGAAAUUCGACAGUUAUUAUGAAAUCUCUUGGAUUUCCAAACGGAAUUGAAUUAAACGACGACAAGACAGCGCUUCUGGUUUGCGAAUUCAAUAACAGAAGAAUUAUGAAACACUUCAUCGAUGGCGACCGAAGAGGACAAACAGAUAUCUUCUCAUUCAACCUUCCGGGAGAACCCGAUAAGUAG